UUCCCUCUCCCAGCCCUCCUCCCUCCCUGUCCUGUGUGCACUUGGGAAAUAUCCCACAGUUGCCCCUGUGGAGUGGACAGAGGGGUGAAGAGAGACCGGUCUGGGUACAGGCGGCUGGUGGUGUGUGCUGGGGCAGUCCUGUACUAGCGCCUCCAUUCCACUGACCAUGGUGGGACCCCAGGAGCCCACAGGCAGAACGGAGUCUGAGCCUCAGGAGAGGCCUGUGAUGGAGGAGCAAAGGGGAACCUCCAGACCACAGAUGAUGAGGAGACCUCUACAGGAAGGGAGAACACUACAGGGGAAGAGACAGCCUGAGGUCCAUAAUGAAGAGCUACAGGUACAUCUACAGCUUCUGCCACCAUCACAGGGCAACAGCCCGGAGAACAGUCACAGACUGCGUGUGCCAGAAGAACAGGAGGCCGAGCGAGUCUCAGCAUACAGAGGUCACCUGCAGCAGCAGGGCGGCGGGUUACACCACAAGCUGCACCAGGUACAGGAGAUGCUGGAGCAGAAGCAGAAGGAGCAUGCAGCGAUGUGCAGGAAGCUCCAGGAGAUGCAGCGAGAAGCUGAGGAAAAGUCCAGUCUCCAUCCCCAGCUGGGUGGGACGGAUUUGGAGAAGCACCAUGAUCUCCUGGUGUCUGAGAAUGGACGUCUGAGGCAGGAACUGCAGCUAUUGUGGAGCCGCUUGGAUUGUGAAAAUAGCCAGGAGCUGGUGGCUCUGCGGGGGCGUAUUCAGCUUAUGGAAGAGCAAGAGAGUGAGAGGAAGACCCUGAUUUGCACCCUACAGAGGGAGGUGCAGCAGAAGGCGGAGCGGCUGGCGGAAGCGGAGCUCAGAGUGAGGGACUCUGUAUCUGAAAGGGUGGAGGAGGAGGAGAGGCUGAACCGCAGGUUACGGGAACUUUCCCAGCAGCCUCAGAUAAAGUACGUGGUGCAGACCGUGCAGGUGGAAUCUGGCAAGAUGAAAGCCGCACUCAGCCAGGCGGAGAACUGCAACCAGCACCUCCAGGAGCAGCUGGACAGACGGAACCGGGAGCUACAGGACAGGAACAGACAACUCCUGCAGGAACAGGAGCAAGUGGCAAAGCUCCAAGCUCAGCUGGCUCUGUAUGCUGCGGAGUUGGACCGCUCCCAGGCACAGAUGGUGGAUGAGUUCCAGUGUCUGCAGGAGCAGAAGGAACUUGCUGUUUCUGAGGCAUUUGAGCGAGCGCAGGAGGAAAUGAGAGCUGUGCACCACAGCCUGGAUGGUGUCCGCAGGAACCUCCUCAUGCUGCAGCCGGCUCUCCGUACACUGACACAUGACUAUAACACCUUGAAGAGACAGGUUCGAGACUUCCCCGGGCUGCUGUCUGACGCCAUGCAGGAGGCACGGGAUGAGUUCUCACAGGCUGUGACCAGGGUUCAGGAUGCAAAUUGUGAGAUUCUCUCCAAAUACCGGCGAGAGCUUCACCUACGGAAAGACUGCCACAACCAGCUGAUGCGUCUGAGAGGGAAUAUUCGUGUUCUUGCUCGUGUCCGGCCAAUAACUGCUAUGGAUGGGACAGGCCCAGGAGCGCAGAACGUGGUGACCUUUGACCAAGAUGAUGAUGGGAUUCUGCAUGUUGCACAUAAAGCAAAGAAUCUGAGUUUUGAACUUGACAAAGUGUUUAUGCCCAGUACCACACAGGAGGAGGUUUUUACUGAGGUCUCUCCGCUCAUCACCUCCUGCUUAGAUGGGUACAGUGUCUGUAUUCUGGCAUAUGGACAGACCGGUUCUGGCAAGACAUUCAGCAUGGAGGGCACCCCCUCUAAUCCCGGUAUUAACCAAAGAGCAUUACGCCUCCUACUGGCCGAGGUGAGUGAGAGAUCCAGCUGCUGGGAGCAUCAUCUGAGCAUCAGCAUGGUGGAGAUCUACAAUGAAUCGCUGCGGGACCUGCUAGGCUCAGACUGUCACAGCUCUCUGGAUAUAAAGAUGUCUCCUGGUGGUGCCGGUGAGCUCUACGUGCCAGGCCUAACACAGCGGAGCGUGCGGAGCAUACAGGACAUAAAUAAGAUCUUGGAGAUGGGACAUAAACAAAGAGCCACAGAACACACAAAUCUCAAUGUCAACAGUUCCCGAUCUCACGCCCUUCUUAUCCUCACCGCCAGGGGGCGAGAGACCAGCACGGGGAUCUGUACAACAGGCAAGCUCUAUCUGGUGGACCUAGCCGGAUCUGAGCGCGUGUCCCGUUCAGGAGCUGCUGGUGACCGCCUGAAAGAGGCUCAGUACAUCAACCGAUCUCUGUCCGCGCUGGGUGACGUCUUCUCAGCACUGCGCUCUCAUCAAGUGCAUGUUCCGUACCGCAACUCUAAGCUCACCUACCUGCUCCAGGAAGCUCUCAGUAGGGACGGGAAGGCCUUGUUACUCUUACAGGUGUCUCCGAUAGAGCAGAAUGUCAGCGAGACCCUCUGUUCUCUCCGCUUUGGUGAUCGUGUUCGGGCUGUGGAGCUGGGAGUACCAGCCAGGAGAACGGAGCAGCUGCCUUCCCUGAGUGCAGAGACAUCUGUGGGCGACACACCCCCAGCCCGCGGGGCAAGAAGUACGUCUGUGCGCAGGAAGGCUCCCAGCUCAGUCCGGCAUCGGAUAGGCCCCUCCUGACCGGGACAAGAUUGGGGUUCCAGUGACGCUCUGCGAGGAAGACCGUACCCCUGCCACGGGCAGCGCCAGGGGAGCCCGCACCUUGCACUAUGACUAUUAGAUGCUGCCUAUGUAAAUGACUUAUCUGUACAUUCAUAUUUAUAGAGAAUCUAUACUGUUUAUUACAAAGUAUUUUAUACAGAG